CGUGUAGCAUCCUGCCUGAGAAGGAGGGUGCAUUGGCUGGACGAGCUCCCAGGAGAAACCAUCCGGGGCUGCUGCAGCCCAGCAGCCCGCGCCCCCGCUGAACUGCGGAGGUGGGGCCAGGGGCGGCCGCGGGACCGCUCGCUCCCCUCUCCCGCCGCGCGGGCCCCCGGAUGUGCGAGGUCGCAGGGGAGGCUGGGAGAGCAAGAGUGGGCUUCCCAGGCCCGCAAGCCUUCCGCUUGCUGAGGACUCUGUUGCAGCCAUGGGCUACCAGGCGCAGGGGCCCGUCAUCCUGCCUCAGAGCAAUCUGGAUGACAGAGAAACGCUCGUUUCUGAACAUAAGCACAAAGGGAAAACUUGUCGUCAGUCCACAGCUGUUUUUAAUGUUGUCAACUCGAUUAUAGGAUCUGGUAUAAUAGGAUUACCUUAUUCAAUGAAGCAAGCUGGCUUUCCUCUGGGAAUAUUGCUUUUAUUCUGGGUUUCAUAUGUUACAGACUUUUCCCUUGUUUUAUUGAUAAAAGGAGGGGCCCUCUCUGGAACAGACACUUACCAGUCUUUGGUCAAUAAAACCUUUGGCUUUCCGGGAUAUCUCCUCCUCUCUGUUCUUCAGUUUUUGUAUCCUUUUAUAGCUAUGAUAAGUUACAACAUAAUAACUGGAGAUACUUUGAGUAAAGUUUUCCAAAGAAUCCCAGGAGUUGACCCUGCAAACUUGUUUAUUGGUCGCCACUUCAUUAUUGUGCUUUCCACGGCUGCCUUUACUCUGCCUUUGUCCUUGUAUCGUGAUAUCGCCAAGCUUGGAAAGAUCUCUCUUCUUUCUACAGUUUUAACAACUCUGAUUCUUGGAAUUGUAAUGGCAAGGGUAGUCUCACUGAGUCCAUACAUACCAAAAACAGAAGAUGCCUGGGUAUUUGCAAAGCCCAACGCCAUUCAGGCUGUUGGUGUUAUGUCGUUUGCAUUUAUUUGCCACCAUAACUGCUUCUUAGUUUAUGGUUCUUUGGAAGAUCCCACAGUAGCUAAGUGGUCCCGCAUCAUCCACAUCUCCACCUUGGCUUCUGUAUUGAUCAGUAUUCUCUUUUCUACAUGUGGAUACUUGACAUUUACUGGCUACACCCAAGGAGACUUAUUCGAAAACUAUUGCAGAAACGAUGACCUGGUAACAUUUGGAAGGUUCUGUUAUGGAGUUACUGUCAUUUUAACGUACCCAAUUGAAUGCUUUGUGACUAGAGAGGUAGUUGCCAAUGUGUUUUUUGGUGGGAAUCUUUCAUUGGUCUUCCACAUUAUUGUAACAGUGGUUAUCAUUACCAUAGCCAUGCUUGUGUCAUUGCUGAUUGAUUGCCUUGGAAUAGUUUUAGAGCUCAAUGGUGUGCUCUGUGCAGCUCCACUAAUUUUUAUCAUUCCAUCAGCAUGCUAUCUGAAACUCUCUGAAGAACCGAGGACACACUCAGAUAAGAUUAUGGCCUGUGUCAUGCUUCCUGUCGGUGCUGUGGUGAUGGUUGUUGGGUUCGUCAUGGCCAUCACAAAUCCUCAAGAUUGCACCCACGGGCAGGAAAUGUUCUACUGCUUUCCUGACAAUUUCUCCCUCACAAACAUCUCAGGUUCUCAUUUUCAAUUGACAACACAACCUUCCAUUUUAAAUACCAGUAUCUUUCAAUGAGUUGACUACUUUAAAAAGUAUGUAUGUUUUCAUAGACUUCUAAACUGUAACAUUCACACGUUUUUAGUCCGUGUAUGACAAAAUUAUCAUUUUGGCAUUUAUCAAGAUUUGGUUUUCUUUAGUCUUUAGACCAAUAUAAAAGAUAAAGAAGAAAAGAAAAUUGUAUUUUAUUAUUUUAUUUUAAACAAAAUAAAAAAAAUUUUAAUGACUCUGCUGCACUAAUCUUAAUUGCAGGAGGAAAAGUGAAGGCCUUGGCACUUGCUGCCAUCCUCUCGAAGCAUCAUUCUUGUAUUUGAUAGGGGAGCCAACAUAUUGCAUUCCAAAAUAAGUAGACGAUUGUGGGUUGGAAUUUUGCAUACAUAUCCUUUACAAGAAAAAAUUGUUGUGUGUUUUAAAGUUUACGGAAUCGAAGAGAAAGGAAAGUGAAAACUACUGAAGGGAACAGAUAUCCCAAGAGCAAAGUGAACGUUUCCAUUGUAAUUUCAACAGCAUCCCUUGUUUAGAAGGGAGUGAAUCCCUGGAGAAGUGAGUAAAGUUCUUCCUGUGUUAAGAAGCAUGAAUAAUAGACUGUACAGAGCAAGAUGUGUGAGGAAUAAACAUUACCUCUCAAGUUUGGAUCCUGUGGGAAUACAAUGGUAGUGCCAUUAAAUAGAUUAUAAAACGGGGCGGGGGGGAAUCCACAAGUUUCUCUGAGGCACAAGCCCAAGAGAUGGGUUAUGUGUCAGCUUUGGACCCGUUGAUUUCAAGUACUGGUGAGAGUAUACAACUGGAAGCUGAAAUCGGAGACUAGACCCUUGCAAGAAGAAUCGGGGCUACGGAAGAGGUUUUCUUACUCCUCAGUGAUCCUCAGGGAGAUUCUCAAGAGUUCUUGUUGACUGGAUUUUCCUGACUAGACACUGAAAUGGAGUUUGGCAUGCAGGGUAUUUAUUAAGGAUCAUCACUAACAGGAGAGAGGAGGAAUGCAGCAUCGGAAGGGCAAGAUGGAACUGUAGCACAGGCCAACAAAGCCUCAGCCAAGUCCAUGGGGAAACUAGAGCAUCUGUGGCCCUUCAAGACUUGUCCCUGUUCAGGUGAAAUAGCCAAGUUGUAAUACCACUGCCUCCAUCGGUCCUUGAAUGUGGACACUCGUGGAGGACGAGCCUGUGGACUGGGAAGCUCUUGGCAGCUGAACAAACCCUACAGGAACUGAGAGUUGGGUGCUGUCUUUUGGUGGCUGGGGCAUCACAUGCUUCCUUGUAGGGGAACUGGUAGGCACAGCUGUGUCCUCCACAGCUGCCCUCAGUUUUUAAUGAGGAUUUUAAAAUAUCUUUUCAUGAGGAUUUCGUAUCUUCAAAUCUAUGACAAUCUUUUAAAAGUAGUCAAACAAAAUUUGGCCACCCUACACCAAAUCGCCCCAAAUUUUAUUUCUCACUUUUUAAUUUGUAUUUCAAGUUGACAAUACAUGGCACUUUAUUAACCAUUGCCAAACAGAAAAUACCACAAGCAGAGUUAAUACCCGAUGUGUUUGUACAAAUCACAGUCAAAAAACAAAAAAGAACAAAACACAAAACAAAACAAAAACCCACAGGAAGUAUAUAACGGAUAGUUUCACAGUAGUUUGAAUAAAGAGGUGAGAGCUGAGUCAUCAUGUGAUUCAGACUAAGACCUGUGGAUAGCAAAGAAAGCUGUACCUUAGGCAAAACCGUGCUCAGGCUUGGAGUAUGAUUUUUGCUUCAAUAAAACAUUAUCCAUGCCCCUCAAUUAGUUUAAAUGCUAUGGGCUGUAUAGCUUUUCUGUAGUUGACUUGUAGAUUUGUGUUUCAUAGUUGUUUAAGAAUCAUAAGGUUAAGUGGUAUGUGCCUAUUUUUAGAUUGAUACAUGUUUUGGUAAAAAAAAUAAAAUAAAAAUACUUUGAUUCCA